CGUCACGCAUCAUGCGCUUACUUAUCCAGAGGCCAUGGGUUUGGCUCCGAAUUGGGCCAACGGGCGUUAAGCCCUGCAUAACGUAAAGCCAACCAUGGUUUGCCUCGAGCUGCGUUAUUCAGCACAUUAGAUCAGCCGCCUGCUUCAGCAUAUCCCAGUCCUCCGCCGUUAAGCCAGUCAGAUCUUCCGGCGAUCCCCGGUGCUCGGAGCAAUUGUUCAGUAAACAAGUCGAAUCUGAUUGGUUUGAAUAUUCCACGAGCUGGCAGUCAUGUAGCUUGGCUCUGCCUGGCGUUUGGAACCCUUGGAAAUGCAUUUCAAAGCUUCAGAGACUCUGCGUUAGGCUGACGAACAUGUCGGAUUUACAAAGCUUGGCCCGUAUACGGAUGGGGCCAUGCCGCCGUGGAUGAAUGAGGAUGAGAGAGGAGUCAGCACACGAUGGGAUAAAUAUCUACGAUAGCUACCCGCCAUAGGACUUGUACAGUACUUUUCUCUCGCCGUAAGCAAGUGUCAAUCAGUUGGCGGUCUCAUCGGCGAAGUUUGAUAUCGAAACAGCGGCGCCAUCAUAUCUACGCUGAGUUUAAAGCAUCCAGAGUGGCUUUUGAUCCCGAAUCAUGACGGAUCUGCUACGCGAUGCGCCCAUAGGGCAAAUAAUUCGAUGGGUCACUGGAAACAAAGUCCUCAGAUACCCCGAGGAAGACGAAUCAUGGACAUGUCCCAGCCAGUACACAGACACGACCUCAGAUCAUCUCGACCGGCAAAUGGAGGCACUUCGAGCAAUCAACGAGCGCGAGGCAGCGUCUGGACCAGCCGAGCUAGAGGACGAUAAGGAGAAACGUGAAGAGGUGGAAGAACCGCUGGAACGCUCUUCCAGCGACGCAACACGGGACGCACUACACGCCGAGCUCGCAAAGUUUGAGACGCAGCGCGAGGCGGAUCCGGAAGCGCACUUCGAGGGCAUCAGGGGGCCGACGACGACGCGAAGCCAGUUUUCGCGCGUUGCGACGAGACAGGCGCUGAGCAACUCGCACACGCGUGCAGAUCUCGAGGAAGCCUUCAGACAGGCCACACUCGAGCCAGGACCCAGCGUCGCCAUCGUACCCACCAAGCUGAGCGACGGCACUGUCCUGGUCGAUUGGUACACGUCCGACGAUCCGGCGAACCCGCAGAACUGGAGUCUGGGCAAGAGGCUCUUUGUGACCUUCCAGAUCUGCAUGUACACGACCGCGGUCUACAUGGCCUCAUCGAUCUACUCUCCUGCCACUACGUACGUCGCGGAGCGCUUCGGUGUCAACAUGCAACUUGCAAGCAUGGGUCUGAGCAUGUACGUUUUGGCGUACGGCCUCGGUCCAUUGAUCUUCGCGCCUCUUUCUGAAUUGCCCCUCGUUGGUCGGAACCCGCCAUACAUGGUCACCUUCGCACUCUUUGUCAUUCUCCUGAUCCCGGCAGCUGUCGUCGACAACUUCCCCGGUCUUAUCGUCCUCCGUUUCCUCCAGGGGUUUUUCGGAAGCCCAUGCUUGGCAACCGGUGGCGCUAGCCUGCAGGACAUGUUCUCCCUGAUCAAGGUUCCGUAUGUGCUCACUCUCUGGGCAUUCGCAGCUACUUGCGGACCGGCACUUGGGCCAGUCAUCUCCGGUUUCUCCAUCCCCGUGGAAGGUUGGCGCUGGUCCAUGUGGGAAAUCCUCUGGCUGGCGGGCCCCAUCUGGCUCCUUAUGUUCCUAUGCCUGCCAGAGACAUCCCCUUCGAACAUCCUCCUCCGCCGCGCCCAACGUCUUCGAAAGCGAACCGGUGAAACAAAGUUCCGAUCCCAGAGUGAGAUCGACCAGGCGAACUUGAAGCUCAACGACCUCUUUAUCGAGAGCCUAUGGCGCCCAAUUCAGCUCAUGCUCCUCGAUCCGUCAAUCGCAUUCACGGCCGUCUACACCAGCUUGAUCUAUGGGAUCUACUACAGCUUCUUCGAGGCUUUCCCCCUCGUGUACAUAACCAUGUACGGUUUCAACAUCGGCCAGAUGGGCUUGACCUUCCUGUCGAUCACCGUCGGUGUCAUGAUCGCCAUGACCAUGUACUGGUCGUACAUUUACUGGAUUGUUGAGCCAGACUUCCGAAAGAACGGGUUGGGCGCUCCAGAGAAGCGGCUCGUCCCGGCUCUUUUCGCCGCCUUUUUGUUGCCCGUCGGUCUUUUCAUCUUCGCAUGGGCAUCCAACCCUACCGUUCAUUGGAUAGGCUCCGUCAUCGGCAUCUCAGUCUUCACCAUCGGCAUCUUCAUCGUGAUCCAGUGCAUCUUCGUCUACCUACCUCUCUCAUACCCUCAGUACGCAGCGAGUCUGUUCGCGGGCAACGACUUUGCCCGUUCGACUCUCGCGACGGGCGCCAUCCACUUUUCGAGCCCGCUGUUCCACAAUCUAGGCGUCGAUCGCGGCGUCACUCUCCUCGGUGGUCUGACCGCAGGUUGCAUCCUUGGUGUAUUCACUCUCUACUUUUACGGAAGCAAGCUGAGGGCCAGAAGCCGAUUUGCGGCCAAGUAGGGCUCGUGCGCCCGACAACAUGUGAUCAUGACCCUCACGAAUACUGGCAGCUCUCUCCACUUUGGAUCACGAAUUAGAAAAAAGCUUACGACCUGUACUAAUUAAUUGGAUGAAUGAAAAUUUUUGCUCUCGACACGGUUCGAUCCCUUGUAGCAUAGCAAAAUGUUGCGAGCUCUAUACUUUUGUUAGACGAUGAAGCACCUUUCAGCCGUAGUGUAAUAUUGCAACAAUAGCAUCUGAUCCCUCG